AGAAUAGAAAAAAAAAGUCAUUUGAUGUGAUACGUAAUUUUUGACGGAACCUUUGUUGGUAUAAAUUUUAUGUUAUUUAUAAAAGUGCUUCUAAAAUGGUUGAUCCAAUAUUCGACUACCAGUUCAGGCUUAUUCUAAUCGGAGAUAGUACAGUGGGCAAGAGUUCAUUGCUGAAAUAUUUCACAGAUGGAAAGUUCGCAGAGCUGUCCGACCCGACGGUGGGGGUAGAUUUCUUCGCUAGAAUAAUAGAAGUACAAGACGGGACGAGAAUUAAAUUGCAGCUAUGGGACACUGCUGGUCAGGAGAGAUUUAGAUCCAUAACGAAGUCGUAUUAUAGAAACUCUGUUGGUGCGCUGCUAGUGUACGACGUAUGUAACAGAUCAAGUUUUGAGCACAUACCACUGUGGAUGAUGGAGGCCAAGCGGCACAUAGAGCCCCACAGACCAGUGUUUGCCCUAGUGGGAUGUAAAAUCGACCUUGUAGGAGGAACAGACAACAAGAAUGGUGCUAGAAGGGAAGUGUCUUGUGAAGAGGCCAGAAUGUUUGCUGAAGAAAAUGGUCUUCACCAUGUAGAAACAUCAGCCAAAACAGGCAUGAAUGUAGAACAAGCUUUCGUACUUGUGGCCCAAGAAGUGUACAACCGCAUCCAAACCGGAGAAUAUAAAGUGGAAGACGGCUGGGACGGUAUCAAGACGGGCUUCAACCGGCCCAACGGGAUGGACUUCAACUUGCUCGAGGCCGAAACCGUCCAGUCCACUUGCUGUUAAAUGUAAAUAUUGACGGUAGCAUAGCUCAUGUAACACAUAAGCAUAAUUUUAUAACAUUCAAUUAAUUAAGGUUUAGCGCGAAGUUAUUUAUAAUGCACUACACUGUGUAAUGCAUUUGUCUAUGGCCACUUAGUCAUUGAUCUGCAAUACUCAUAUUAAAUUGGUUAUUCAUCGUUUCAUAGAUAAUGGUGUUGGUCUCAAAUUUGUAAAAGCCAUACAGCCUAAACCGAGAACCAAAGAGAAAAAUUGUUGUUAACUUGAUCUUUUGUUGAUAUUUGAAGUCAGUACUAACAUUCUAAUAAUUAUAAUUUUACAAUUUACGUAAGUCAAAUUUAAUAUACCUGAAUAUAUUGUACCUGGAACAUUGUAAUUUUAAUGUUAAUGAUGCAUAAAUAAAUUAAGGAAAACUAAAACUAAUAUUCAUCACAAUUCAUAUAAAUAUUUAUUAAGCCACCAGAAUAACAUGUUAGAAGCCCUGGAUGUAACAUGUGCCUAUUUUUUGCAAUUUGACAGGAUACAUUAAGUAACCGUUUUGUAUAAAGGAAAAAUUCAUUAAAGAGCCAUUUGAAUUAUGUUUGAUAUAUCUCAAUAAAAUUCAUGAGUUUUUUUUUUAACAGACAAUUAUGAUUUUCUGUUAUAGUUUAAAAUAAAAACCUAUGCUCAAUUCUAUAUUCCGAAAAAAUGAAAGUGGCUCUUUCAUGCCACUUUUCCUCUUCAUUAUGCAGCCAAUGAAGUUUUAGCCACAUAUAAAGCUCGACAUUGUCAUAUUGCAUAUUGCUUGUAAUCACACGGCCCGGCCACGACAACGCGCGGCUGCGGCAGCGGCGAGCGGGGGCCAUAGGUUGGAGCGAGACACAGCGAUCGGACCUUUCGUUCCCACCUAUGGCCGCCGCUCGCCGCUGCCGCCGCCGCGAUAUCGUGGCCGGGCCGUAACACCCUUUUAACUCCUAUUGUGCGCGGCGCGUCAGUGUGAACCUUGUCGCAAUGCACGAAGGUUGAUAUUGCGCUGUAACCACCCACGUCUGUUGACGUCUUUGGCGGUCUAAGGGUUUACAUGUGAUAUGAUAUAGCAAACUGGCAGCUAACGCAGCGUACUACGUAGGCGAACAACACGCGAAGCGAUGCGGCGCGGGGUGAAUCAAUCCGUUGAUACCUAUAGAAGUGUCCUACGUGGGCGAUCUCGUUGCGAACGCGAACGCCGUGGGCUUCGCUUCACGUUCGCGAGUUGUUCGCUUACGUAAGACGCAGCGUAACCUGUACAAAAGCCAGGAUAUUAUUUUGAACACUGAAUUGUGCGAGCAAAUAAUAAUUUGAGCUUAAAAUAUGUUCCAUUAUUAUGACCUCAAUUAGAAUUACAUAAUUAUACGAGGGGGAGGAUAGUAAAAUACGUUUAUUUAAUCAA